AUGCCGUCCUUCCCCACCGCCUUUUGCGGCGCCUGCGGGCAAGACCACUACGACAUCUCCUCCGAAGCCGAGCUGAAGCUCUGGAAGGAUCUCGAAGCCGCCAAUGCCUCCUUUGACUCCCGCGUAGCCUCCGCCAUCAUCGCCAUCCUUCGCGAUUGCUCCACGGGCAAAGACUGCUACCUCAAGACUACUAUCCAUCACGCGAUCCGGGUCGAAGGCGAACGAAUCCAGCUGCAGCAAGAGACCUUCGACCUGAAGGCAGAGAAAGAUGGUUUGAGAGGGGAGAUUCAGCGUCUUCACAACAAGCUACUCGAUGAACGCGCGGAGAACCGGGACUUGGCUGGAGAGAUUGCGAUGCUGGUUGGUCAGAAGGAGGAGAUGUCUCUGCGCAUUCAGGCUCUUGGGGCCGAGAAGCAGGAGCUGCAGAAGCUCGUCCUCGAUGCUGCUGCGAAGGAUACUGGAGCUGAGAAGGUGGACAAGGAGACGUCUGAUGGGAUCUCUGGCCCGCGGAAGCUGGUCUGCCAGGCCUGCUACGAGAGCUCUGGAACGCCUAUCGACAUGUGCGAUGGGAGGUAUCCGUGCACCCAGUGCAUGGCGCAAGGUCAUACGUGCCUGUACAGGAAUUGUUUCAAGAACCAUGGUGGCCGUGGAUGCAAGAGCUCCAAGUGUACCAUGUGGCAUGGGGAGGAGGGGUAUGGACAUGAUGAGCUCUAG